AUGACAAUAAUAUUCUCCUUAACCGAAGGACCUCUUGGAAUAGUUGUAGUCCUUGAUGGUCUUGCAACGAAUCAUACGGGAUUACUAUAUAUUAUUAAUGACAUUAUGGGUAUUCUCCUAAUUUUUGAAACUUUGAAUUCAUCGACUCAUUUCUUUAUUUGUGUAGGAAUAUCAUCACAAUACAGAAAAGCGAUUAGAGAAAUGUUUGGACUCAAGAAGAAAAAACCGAAAACACUCCUCCACACUUAUAACCGUACACUCGUCUACUUCAGUUUCUUCCACCCUUUCCAACUUCCAAAUUAUAUUCUCCAAUGGAUGUCUGCUGCCUAUUGUGGAAUAUUUGCAGCUACUCUGUGCAUUUUAGCCAUUCAGUUUUUGUAUCGAUUCUGGUCGGUUUUCGAUACUCCAAAACUAAUUUAUUUUGACGGUUUCAACUAUUUCAUCUGGAUAGUAUACUACAUAUUUUUUGGAGCUCUUUGGGCGUUUGCAGUUGGCUAUUUUUUUGCUCUCGAUGACCAUGGAAAACAAUAUUUAGCAGAUGAAUUUGUCGUGAAAUACCAUAAAAAUAUCUCGGAUAUUCCUAUUCUCACUUUGUUAUCCUAUGAAAAGAAUAGUAUAAAAUGGGAAAGUUUAUACGGACUUUCAAUGAUUACGGGCAUAUCUACAGUUCAGUAUACUAUAAUUUGUGUCUGUGCGUUCAAGAUGUAUAAAGGAAUGAGAGAGAAAUUGUUAGCGAUGUCACCAUUGCAUCGGAGAAUUCACAACCAAUUUUAUAAGGCACUUUUGAUUCAGACAUUUGCCCCUUCCAUUUUCUUGUUCUCUCCUGUUUUCUUCAUGCUAUCCAUUCCUUAUGCCGAUUUGAAUAUCAGUUUUCCGUCGAGCAUUUUUGCGAGUGGAUUUACAGUUUAUCCAGCUAUCGACUCAAUUUGCAUUAUGUACUGCGUAUCGGAAUAUGGAAGAUGUUUCAGAAAUUUGGUAUCUUCUGUGAAGAUAAAACUUGGCUACGAGCAUUCCUCGUCAAUUACACAAGAGAGAAGUGGAAACAUUGCAAACUUUACUGCAACGAAUUGA